ACAAUAGUAUUGUAUGCUCCAAUGAGGAAACAUCAAAACAAACAUUUUUAGAUACUUUGAUUUUGACUUUACAUGCAAACAUUGAACCAGAGUUUCAGGUCGAUUUUAAUAGUAAAUAUUCAUAUGGAAAGGCUACAAACUUGAUAAAAACAAGCAUGAGAAAGAGAAUUGCAAUUGAAUUUGACAAUAUUAAAACGGAAUGUAUAAAGUUAAAUGGAAUUCAUGAUAGUUGGCAAGAGGCUACUCGAAUAUCACUAUCGUUAAUGAAAAAUUAG